UCUGGGCCCUCUGGGCCCUCCUACCUGUCCCUUCCCUAGAUACCUCUGAGAGUGCUAUCUGGGGAGGUAACGCUGGCACCUCAGAGCCCCUGGCUGUGGCCCAGGCUGACAUCCCAAAUGCAGAGCCCCCUCACCGUCAGUGGGAUUGGCAAACUCCUUGGGCACAGCUGCCCCAUCGUCCAGCUCGACAGCCUCUAGGCCCGUGCGGACCCCUUCAAUCUGGACCUCAUGCUCUCCCGAAGCCGUGUCAUCCUCUGACCUGGCACUCUCGCCCGUGCGACGGAAUUUCACCACCCUAGAGAACAGAGCAAAUCUGGUCAUGAUGGCUAGAACUUCCCUUCAAUGCCCUUGCUGAACAGCUCUUGUGCCCAAGACAGGUGAAAGGCUUUUUCUCAUGGUCCGGAGAAUCGAAUGGAUGUGCAGGUGGUGCUGCCGUUGCUGAUGUGCGGACUGAUUUCGUGCCACGGAGUCAGACAAACGAUUCUGCUGCGCGCCUGCCCCGUACCGAUCAGGAAGCAGUCGUGCCGAGGAUCGGAGCCCCUACUCUGUCGGCGGAGGGCUGGUUUGAAUGGUCGAUAGCGCACCGCUGCGUAAGAGUCCUCAGAUCACCAACACCUGCCACAACUCAGAUGGACGUUGAAACGUGAAGCUGGGCGAAGGAAGCCAGACGCAAAAGGCCGCAUGUUGCAUGAUUCCAUUUACGUGAAGUAUCCAGAAUGGACCAGCGCAUGGAGACAGAAGGGAUGAAGGGAAGAUGAAUGGAUCACCCUUGACUCCAAGGUAACAUCGCAGAGGGAAUGACCAUGAAGCCCGACAAUCUCCUCGGGAUCCUGCUUGUAUCGUAUCCUCUCCUCAAGGACCAUCCAAGGGCUCCACACUUCUUUCUGUGACUAAAGGGACCACUGCAACUCUGGGGAAGAUACAAAGUCAUGAAGAACUGGGGUGUUAUAGGGGGACUUGCUGCUGCCCUUGCCGCAGGGAUCUAUGUGAUUUGGGGUCCCAUUACAGAAAGAAAGAAGCGUAGAAAAGGGCUGGUGCCCGGGCUGGUCAACUUAGGGAACACCUGCUUCAUGAACUCCCUGCUGCAAGGCUUGUCUGCCUGCCCCGCUUUCAUCAAGUGGCUGGAAGAGUUUACCACCCAGUACACCAGGGAUCAGAAGGAGCCCCCCCCACACCAGUAUUUAUCCUUAACCUUGUUGCACCUCCUCAAAGCUUUGUCCUGCCAAGAAGUUACUGACGAUGAGGUCUUAGAUGCGAGCUGCUUGUUGGAUGUCUUAAGAAUGUACAGAUGGCAGAUCUCUUCAUUUGAAGAACAGGAUGCCCACGAGUUAUUCCACGUCAUUACCUCGUCCUUGGAAGAUGAGCGGGACCGGCAGCCCCGGGUCACACAUUUGUUUGAUGUGCACUCCCUGGAGCAGCAGCCAGAGAUAACUCCUAAACAAAUAACCUGCCGUACGAGAGGGUCACCUCACCCCACGUCCAAUCACUGGAAAUCCCAGCAUCCCUUCCACGGAAGACUUACGAGCAACAUGGUCUGCAAACACUGUGAGCACCAGAGUCCCGUUCGAUUCGAUACCUUCGAUAGCCUUUCACUGAGUAUUCCAGCUGCCACAUGGGGGCAUCCACUGACCCUGGACCACUGCCUUCACCACUUUAUCUCAUCAGAAUCAGUGCGGGACGUCGUAUGUGACAACUGUACGCAGAUCGAAGCCAAAGGGACGUUGGAUGGGGAUAAGGUGGAACACCAGAGGACCACCUUUGUCAAGCAGCUGAAACUAGGGAAGCUCCCUCAGUGUCUGUGCAUCCACCUGCAGCGGCUGAGCUGGUCCAGCCACGGCACGCCCCUGAAGCGCCAUGAGCACGUGCAGUUCAAUGAGUUCCUGAUGAUGGACAUCUACAAGUACCACCUCCUGGGGCACAGACCCGGGCAGCACAGCCCUAAACCCAGCGAGAGCGCGGGGCCCUCGCUCGACCUGCAGGACGGGCUGGCCGCCCCCAGAUCAGUUUUGAAUCAGCCAGGGGGUCCGAAAACACAAAUUUUUAUGAAUGGCGCCUGCUCCCCAUCUUUAUUGCCUACCCUGCCAGCCCCAAUGCCCUUCCCCCUCCCAGUUGUUCCUGACUACAGUUCCUCCACGUACCUCUUCCGGCUGAUGGCGGUUGUCGUCCACCAUGGAGACAUGCACUCAGGACACUUCGUGACUUACCGACGCUCCCCUCCUUCGGCCAAGAACCCUCUGUCCACCAGCAACCAGUGGCUGUGGAUCUCCGAUGACACCGUCCGCAAGGCGAGCCUGCAGGAGGUGCUGUCCUCCAGCGCUUACCUGCUGUUUUACGAGCGCGUCCUUUCCAAGAUGCAGCACCAGGGCCAGGAGUACAGGUCGGAGGAAUGACCACCCCGGCUCCGGAGCUAGAGCCGUGGCACUGUCCACACGGGCCAGGAACAAGGCAAAAUCAGACUGUGUGUGUGCACGCAAGAGGCCCCACUAGAGUCCUCAGCCUUCUGGUGUGUUCUAAGAGCAGGCUCCACGCAGGAGCCAGCGGCCCCAGUUCAAACCAGAUCAGGCUCCCUGAAUGGUGCGCACCGGACGGUGUCGGUGUCCUUGUGCUGGGACAGCAUUCAUUCUGUGUAGAACGUCUUUUUACUCACCUGCUAAUUAAAAGAAAUCCAACUCUGGAAGCCACCUUUUUUAUAUUCGGCCACAUUAGGUGUUCUCAGAGGGGAGGUGACUUUGUCUAAUCCUCCGAUUGGUUUCAGCCCAGAUCUUUUAUUUUUAAUAAGCAGGCCCAUAAAAAUCGUUCGCGAGAAUUGGUGAAAUUGUUAAAGGCAACAAUUUAGAAGAAAAAGUGCCUUUCCCUUUCGAUUGCUCUUGUAGCACGUCCAUUUGGGAAAAUAUACGUUGUCCAAGAGUCCUAUAAACAACUUUUGGAAAGCUCUGUUCCUUCCAAGUUUCUCAACGGAUGGCAACAGGACAGUUACGAGACGCCUCAAGAACACCCACCUCCUCUUUCUGUGGGUCUUUUUUAAUCUUUGGAUUCUUUAUAUGUAGUAAAAGCGCACCUGCCAGAUCUGCCCCCAGGGGAAAUUCUUUCACUGCUCGGUCAGUUGUGAGUGAACUCCCGGGUCGCUCUUAACUCUCUGCUUCCCGUGCCCCAGAGACGGGAUGACGGUACGUCCUAAAACUGCGCGCAUAGCCGGGACGCGGCCGCCUCCGUGCUGGCAUCUGCGCCUCCUCUGCUCUGGACAGAGCUCCACUCUGGACGGUGGUUCCUAACUCCGUGGCCCAUGCAGAGCUCCUGAGGUUUACAGGUGGAGCUGGGGGCUGUGUAAAAGGACAGUCCUAGCCUUGGUUUGAGAGCUGGGUUCAGAAGGAAGGGCACUGACCGUGGGGCCGCAGUCUUUCUUUCUGAGCCUUUGUAAAGUGAACAGUUAAGACUCAGUGAGCAUCAAAACCCCAGCCCUUCCCACAAAAAAAAGAAAGUUUUCAAUUUUUAAAAAACGUAUCAUUACAGUUGAU